UAGACGAGUCAUUCUUCGAUUUAACGGAAACAAAUUUGAUAGACCGCAUUAAACAGCAGACGCCCCGUUAAGCCCUAGCUUGAGCUGGCCUGUGUGACUGUGCAUUCGGUUCACUUUCCAAAUUUGUGUUCUUCCCUCUGUUACUCCAUCCCUUUCUCUCUCGGGGGACCCUCUCUACGCUCUUCUUCCGCACUGUGCAUCAACUUGUACUGUGUUUCCCUUCACUUGUAUUCACCACCCCUUUACUCCCCUGCGCAUGUUGCGUGAGCAAAUUUUGAGAGGUUGAACAUGGAAGCUUCCUAUCAUCGACGAGCUGCUGAAAGGGAAGGAGAAUACAGAGAAAGAAGGCAGAGAUUACUGAGAGAGAAUAGAGGAAGGAUUUUCAUUGGCUUUCAAAAUCUGUUCUAAGCUGCGUUGAUUGCUGGUGAAAAUUUCAAAUACUUAAAUGUUAGACAAUAUGAAAUAUAUCUAAGAAUUGUUCGCAAAGAAUGCCAGGCAUACCUGUUGUGGCGCGUGAGACCUCCUGUUCUAGAAGCAGUGAUCAAAUGUGCCGCCUAGAUUCUCGAGGUCAUUUAUCUGCAGAAGAGGAGGUUGCUGCUGAAGAGAGUCUUGCAGUUUAUUGCAAGCCUGUAGAGUUCUACAACAUUCUUCAGCGACGUGCUAUAAGCAAUCCAUCAUUUCUCCAAAGGUGUCUGCAGUACAGGAUAAAGGCUAGGCACAAGAGGAGAAUACAAAUGACAAUUUCGCUGUCACGGACUGUGACUGAAACCCAGACUGUCUUUCCUUUGUAUAUCUUUCUGGCAAGAUUGGUUUCUGAUGUUGGAGCUGCAGAGUAUUCUGCUACAUAUAGCAUCAGUCGGCUUUGCAUGUUUCGCAACUGCCCUGGCAUUGAUGGGAGUUCUCAAGUCCAAGCAAACUUUACGCUCCCUGAAGUUAGUAAGCUAGCUGUGGAAGCUAAAUCUCGUACACUUGCUAUUCUAUUCAUCAGCUCUGUGGAAAACUUGAAUUCAUCAAUUGGAGGCAGUACGAGCAUGGUGCCUUUGGAUCUUACUUCUUUUGCAUCAAAAGCUGAAGGAUACUGCUUAUAUGGAAAAGUAUCUCUAGAAUCACUUUAUAUGACGUGGGAGAGCUCUCCAAAUUUUAAUUUGGGGCAGCGAGCUGAGAUCAUGUCAACUGUUGAUUUUCUUCCUUGUUUUUUGAAGUCAGAUUUUUUAAAUGAGGACAAGCGUGUUUCCAUUCAAGUUCCCUGUAACUCUGAAAAUGUGAGGGUUUCAAAGCAAAUUCAAAUGAUAGUUUCUGCAGAAGAGUUUGGGGCUAAGGAAAAAUCUCACUAUCAUACAUAUGUGGGCGAUGAAGUACCAUCUUCAUCACUAUCUCAUAUCAUGCGGUUGAGGGAAGGAAAUGUCAUAUUUAAUUACAGGUAUUACCAGAAUAAGUUGCAGAGAACAGAAGUCACUGAAGAUUUCUCCUGUCCGUUCUGUUUGGUUAAAUGUGCCAGCUUUAAGGGUCUAAAAUGUCACUUGCCGUCGUCUCAUGAUCUCUUCAGCUUUGAAUUUUGGCAAUCAGAUGAAUUUCUUGCUGUGAAUGUCUCUGUGAAAACUGAUAUCUGGAGAUCUGAGAUGAUUGCCGAUGGUGUUGAUCCGAAGUUACAAACAUUCUUCUUUUGUGCAAAGCCACUUAAGCGUAGAAGACCGAAGUCCUUAGCUUCUAAAAAUGAAAAGCGUGUGCAUUCACUUCUUGUAGGAUCUGACUUCCCUGCAGAAGAUGAGCUUUUGGAGAAGGCUGAUGGGUUUUUGGGGCAUAUGCAUCCAGACCCAUAUGUCCAAUCAGUAUCUGAAAAUAAUCUUGGGACUCCUGCGGUUCUACAGUUUGCAAAGACAAGAAAGCUAUCUGUUGAGCUUUCUGAUCCACGAAACUGUGCCCUCCUGAGGAAACGGCAGUUCUUUCACUCUCACAGAGCCCAGCCAAUGGCACUUGAACAAGUUCUAUCAGAUCAAGAUAGUGAAGAUGAAGUUGAUGAUGAUGUGGCAGAUUAUGAAGAUCGAAGGAUGCUUGAUAAUUUUGUUGAUGUGACCAAAGAUGAGAAGCAAAUCAUGCAUAUGUGGAACUCAUUUGUUCGGAAGCAGCGUGUUAUUGCUGAUGGCCAUAUUCCAUGGGCUUGUGAAGCUUUCUGUAAACUGCAUGCCCCUGAACUUGUCGGGUCCACUUCACUAGCUUGGUCUUGGAGAUUCUUUAUGAUCAAACUUUGGAAUCAUGGUCUUCUAGAUGCACGUACCAUGAAUGAGUGUAAUCUAAUUCUUGAACGAUGUCGGAGGGAGAACUCAGACCCUAAUAGGUAAAGGUCAGUUUUGUUUUUAGCAUUUCUCUUAAAUUGGACAAACUGAUGGCCAAUGCAAGAGUCAUACAAACCACAAUUUCAAGCCGACCGUUAUGGAAGUUGCUUCAUUUCUUUUGUGUUUCGUCCUGGUGUCUUUUUUUCAAGACAAUUGUAUCAAAAUUUGUCCAAGGGUAACUUGUUUUCUGAAAUAGGGAGCUGGGAAAUUGUUGAGCAAUUUAAUUUUUUUCAGUGCAUGUUACAUGAAUAUUCUUUAAAAUUGUUCGUGAUUUUCACUUAAUAUUUCAUAUCCCGAGAGGUUUAUUGCUUUA